AUGCAAUAUUCUCCUAUCCGGCGCAGUGGCACCGUCACUCCAACUGACCAGCUCACCCAGAAGCUGGUCGCAUUCGAUGUACCGGCCGGCACCACGUCUAUCAAUGUGAAGUACAGCUACACGGGCCGCGAAGGCGGCAAUGCCAUCGAUCUGGGCCUGUUGGGCGUCGACAAGCAGUUCCGCGGGUACUCUGGCGGAUCCAAAUUCGAUAUCACAGUCGCCAAUGACAAAGCCUCGCCCGGUUAUAUCCCGGGUCUGCUGGCCCCUGGAGAAUGGUACGUGCUGCUGGGCGUCUAUAACAUUACUUCCUCGUCAGCAUCGUAUCAUGUCGAAAUCACCCUCGACGACAGCCCGCGGCCUGUAUUUGAGGCCAAUCCGGCUCCUGCGCGGGCCGACUUUUCCACCACGAUCAAGCGACCUCCUGGGCAACGACCUAUUUACAAAUGGCUUAAGGGCGACUUCCACAUGCACACUUUGUACUCGGACGGCAAGUUCACAUUAGACGAAUUGGUCGACAAGGCCCUUAAGCGGGGUCUCGAUUUCAUCUUCUCCACCGAACAUAACACCUUCAGUGCCAAUCUGGUCUGGGGUAACCAUGUGCCGAAGGGCUUCCUGGUGGGCCGAGGCAUAGAGGUCACCACGUUCGGAGGCCACUGGAGUGCAAUUGGACUACUGCCACACCAACUCAUCGAUCACAAGAUCUGCGACAUGAAGGAGAUGGACGCCAGCUUGGUGCGGGCCGUCGAGGACGUGCACAGGUCCGACGGAUUUGCCAUUCUCAACCACCCCUUUGCGGAGUGCAAGUGCUGUGAAUGGAAGUACUCGUUCCAUGACCACAUGGACGCAAUCGAAGUAUGGAAUGGCCCCUGGAAGCGGCACCCUAAAGAUGAGUCGAACAUCAAGGCCGUCGAGAAGUGGGACUUAUUAUUGCGCGAGGGUAAGAUAUUUACUGCCUCUGGCGGCAGCGACAUCCACGAGCCACAGUUUGAGAUUGCAGAGCCACUGACGAGGGUUCUGGCCGAUGAAACGUCCGUCAACGCCAUCAUCCGAGGCUUACGUGCCCGCCAUGUGUAUCUGACCCAGCAUCCGGACUACGAGAUAGAAUUUUGUCUGUCUCAUUGCAGUGAAAGAGCCGAUAUUGGUGACUGGCUAGAAACCUCUGAGGAGGUCACCGCUUGUGUGACGAUCAAGGGAUUCCCAGAAUGUCAAUUGAGGUUGAUCACGGAAAAGGGAAUUGUGCACAAGACGUCGCAAACCAAACUCAACGUCAACGUUAAAGCGCACUACGUGCGGGUUGAGGUUAGGGAUGCCCAGGAUGAUAUGUUGGGACUCACCAACCCUAUCUGGGUUCUGCAAUAA